AUGGCACGCCAUAGACGCUCCCUUGGUGCGGACGAAUCUGACUCCUCUUUUUCACCAGAGAUUGAGAGCUGUUUCGAUGAGGAUGAAGCGGACCUGUCUGGUGAGGAAACUGAGGCGACCGACCUUGACGUCCAACAAGAUGAUGAUCUGGGCUUUGAAGAUCAAAUCCAACUUUUUGGUGGAAAUAUACAUCCGCCUGAAUAUUACCGGAGUGGUAUAGAAGAAUUCAAUGAAAGCUCUUUUGUUGACGAAGACUACAGCCCCGGGAGUACAAUACUCUUGGACGCGAUAGAGCUGCAGUGGCAGCAGCAAGUCGCCUUACCUUCCCAUCUCCUCCAGGCUCUGCGUUUUAACUGUCCUCCCGCAGAUUUUGCAAAGCAGUUCUAUCGCGUGACCCUCACGCGCAAGGACGGUAGAAAAUUGAGAGGCACCACAAAAAGCAGCUCGUUAGGCACAGCCUGGAAAGUCUUCCGACUCGUAUAUGAGAGGGUUGUUGGUGCGAAGCUCGAUCCAAAAUUGAAUCGUAACAUGCACAAGGUCCUCCGAGAGCUUGCAAAAAAACACGAACUUAGCGACCAGAAGAGAGCUAAUCGUUGCAUGACUAUUAACGAUUUGAAGGAGCAGAUCGAGACAACGCUAAGUACCACAAAGAAGUCGUUUGACAUCGGAGAACACCGUAUUUUGGCUGUGCUUUUCCUCCUCUUAUUGGCUCCUGCAGGCUCUCGCCCAACGUCCAUCCUCCGGCUUCGCUUUGGAGACAUCCGAGUGGCCUUGGCGAGAGAUCCGGAGGGUGGACCACACAAGAUCUUAAUUCGAUUCACGUUGGAGUUCACAAAAUCAUACCUUGGCACUAAGGAUACCAAAACAUUUACCAUCCCCGAGAUGAUGUUCGAUCCGUCUUUGCUCCUUAGUCCCCAUGCCUUUCUGCUGGGCAUUUUAUUUCGCCACCAAGCAUUUCGCGCAUCCCUUCUCACCUCUCCUAUGCAACUAGAUGAGCUGGACAUACAUCCCGGCGAGCGGGAGCUACCCUUGCCUCUAAGAAGUGAUCUGAAAGAGGUAGGCAUUUUUCGUCGCGCUGUCAAAACACUGACAGGGUAUGAAAUGUCAGCAACGAAGACCAUCACAAAUGGCAUGAUGGCGAGCUGGAUUAAGAGAGUGGGUGAAAUCAUGGGACUUCAGUACGAAACAAUACCGUACAGCCUGCGCUAUAAUGCAGCCAACGAGUUUGACCAAAGCCCUGACAUGAGCGAGGCGCUCCGGAAUCUCUCCCUUGACCACGCCAACUCCGUCCCUUUCCAAAAACAUUAUCUUGGCCGCGUUGUCCGUGCUGACCCAUGGGCCAUUAUCCGUCGCGAGAAGCCACAGCAGGCGCUUAUAGAUCAGGCUUGCAGCAUUGGUCAUUCAAUGAGCAAACGCCGGCCGACGGGCCUCACGGCCGAGCAAUCGGCGUCCGUCGCAUCAGAUCCCAAAGUUCGACGGCUUACUGCCCAGCUGCGAAAAUUACGCCCAGGAUCUGAACAGCAUAAGAAAACACACCGCGAGUUGCGAUCACUAAAGCAGAGGCUGAAGAGAGAGCUGAAACAGAAGAUUCGAGACAACUGGACUGACGAACAAGCCGUGGAGGACAUUGAACGCCAACUCCAAGGAGUCGGCUUUGCAGAACCAUGGGUGGAUAAUGCAAUCCGUCCCCGGCGGCCGGCUCAAAAGUUGCUGGUCGAGGCCCUAAAGACUCCAGUCGAUGAUACUCUUGAGGGACAGUAUCGACGCAGGGACAACGCGAUUGAGGCCAUAGUUGCAUACUGUAGCGUCGAAGAGGGGCCAACAUUACGCCGUAUUCAUAUGCAGCCUACAACAACGGUCUUGCGUGAGGACUCUCGUGAGCCUUCGGAAGACAGCCCUCUAUACCUCGCUAUCAUGUCUGUUUUCAUUGACAAUCCGAAACAGAGGCCCAGAAGGUGCUUUUUGUGCAUUGGUGCAGCGCUCUCAUUGCCGCCAGACGACCCUCGUGUAGAAGACAAGAUUCAGGAGUUCUACACCGCUGGUGAUUUAAGCAAACACUUCCGUCGGAGACACCUAUCGCACUUGCGAGGUAAUGAUCAGCCAGUGUGCCAAGUUUGCGAUAUCACUCUCGCACAUAAGAUGCAUCUGCAAAAGCAUGCAAUUGCAGUUCAUGGAACGGUCUCCUAA